UAAUGGAGAGACGUAUGACAAAUAUUUAAUAAAAUUUGAUUAAGAUUGAAAUAUAAUUUCAGUUAAACAGAAAUGAACUUAGCAACUCAAAACUACUUAGUGAUUGGAGUUGUAGUGGCUGCUUUCGCAGUCAUUCUCCCAAUCUUCUUCAAACCUUACUUCAGCUCAUCGCCAAACUCUCAAAAGCAAACUCCCCAAGCUUCCCGGGGAAAACGAGCAGGCGGAGAUCGCAGUGGUCCUCGUGGUCACCCAGGAAUGGAGGGUUUGCGAGACUUCCCAGGAAUGCAUGGGGGUAGACCUCACAUGGGAGCUCCCCACCCGGGUAUGAUGGCAGAUAUGGCAGCGGCUGAUAAACAGGGAGGAAGUGGGGGUGGCGGAGGAGGCAGGGGUGGAAUCAUGACAAUAGCUCUGCCCAUAUACUCAGUUGGUAUUGUACUCUACGUGCUCUAUGUGUUCUACAAGUUUUACACCAAGGGAUUUAACAACAACACGGUGAACCAACGAGGCGGAGCGGCUGUGAUCGGGAAAGGCAAGAUCGUCCAGAGCAAUCAGCCCUCGAUGGAGCAGAUACAGAAUUACAAACAAUUCCUAUUGGCUAAGGAGGAGUGCGCGAAGCGAAUCGCAGAGGAGAAGCAGCAACAGACGACAGGGAGCGGAGAUGGGAAUUCGACUAAACUGUCUGGGAACCAGCUCGUACAACUGGAACUGAGACUAAAGGAGGCAGAAGAGGCUAUGGAACGAGCUAUGGAAAAGAUGGGAUUGGACAUCAAGCAAUUGAAACAGGACACCGGCUACAAGGAUCCUCUGGCAGAUAGUCUUGAGGAAUUGAAGCGCACCAUGGCCAAUAUGUCCGCCGGAGCACACGAGACUAUUCCCGUUCCUGCACCACAGCCUCAAGAAAGACGUGAACAACCAAAAAGAGAAGAUUCGAUGCAGAAAAACGAAACUGUUACGCCCAGUUUCCAAGCAGAGCAACCAAACGGAGAUAUGAAACCCGAACCAGUUAUCAAGUUCACCCCUCCCACAAACGAACAGGAGUCGCUGGAGCCCACGACUUGUGAAGAGAAAACUCCGAACGUGAGUUCGGAGUCUAAAAUGGAAUCGGAUGAAGGAGAGUCGUUGGCUGAGCCGAGCGAAGAAGCGAACAGAAGCCGACGCGUGUCGUUCGCUGAAGGGAUAAACAUAAUUAAACAGAGCACAAUUGAAAAGAACCUGAACGAACUGGAAUCGAUCGCAGCUUCACCGAUAACAACUGAAGCUGGCAAUACUCCCCAGCAGCAGCCGGAGACUAUUGAGGCGUGUAUUGAAGAGGUGAACAAAGUGCAUCCGGCUACUGAGCCGGAAGGACUUUACUUGGGCAAACUCGUGUUGGCUGAGGACGAGUCGAUUGAUUCGCCUAUCACCAAAGUCGCACCAGCAAAUGUUUCGUAAAAGAAUCGGCGAUAAAACAGAAUCUGCAAUUAGAAAAGUUUAAGUGCAGUUUAAAAAAGUUUGUUUCGACUCACUUGAUACACGAAAAAAUUUCUUUCUAAAAUAGUGUGAACUAUUUUCUUUUUGCAAAGGUAAAAAUUUUAGGGCUAAUGUUUCUAUCUCUUUCUACCACAGCGUGUUCACAAUAAAUGGCUGUAUAAAUUUUUCAUUCGAAUUUAAUCUCAUAUCCCAGUAUUUCAAUUAGUGUGAAUAAACUUCAGUUUUUGUAUGAAAUAAAAUUGGCUAUUUCUCUCUUAAUUUGUGUAGCUUAUAAUUUAAAUACAUUUGAUGUAAUUAAAUAAGCUUCAGUGGCAAUUCGUAUUUUCGAAAGCAUCCUUUUGACGAGUUAAUAUAACAAAAUGGUAAU